AUGUUCAUGUCAACCAGCAUAGGUAUGCAACACGCCGUUGACAAACUCCAAACACAGAUAAACGCUACUCUUCCCUGGCUAAAGAACUGGAGACUUACUCUCAGCCCAGAAAAAUCCAUAGCCAUCAAACUCGGAAGAAGAGAACUACAAAAUACCUCAUUACUGCGUAUAAACAACACAGCUAUUCAGUGGAGAACAACCGUAAAAUACCUUGGAGUUCACCUGGACAACAGAUUGACAUUCCGUCGUCACGCCAUUGAAACCGCAAUCAAGGCAAAACGUACCAGAGCAGCUUUAUACCCAAUAAUCAGCCACCACAGUCCUAUCCCACUACGAGCAAGACUAAACAUAUUCCAAAUGUAUGUGAGGACAACACUCACAUACGCGGGACCUGCAUGGGGAGCUCAACUCUCCCUAAACAGCUCGAAAAAACUUGAAGCAGUGCAAAACGUCGCUCUCCGUACGAUCACAGGCUCUCCGUGGUACGUACGAAACACAACCAUCCAGGCUUCAACGCAUAAGAUAUCAGUCCAACAAUCAGUCACCAAAGAUGCCGAGAACAUGUACGCAAGACUGGCAACUUCAAAUCAUCAUCACCUUCGCAACAUUUGCCAAACCAUCGGCCCUGAAGAAACUGCCAGGAAAAGGCCAAAAGCACUCACGAUAUAG